UCUCUGCCGCGCGCUCCCGGCAGCACUUCGGUCUUGCACUUUACCGUCCUGUAGAGUGAUCCCAAGCAGUCUGCAAGAUGACCAUCAACACCCUGGCUAAAGGAGGCUGGUACCGGGAGCAAAUGACAUGCUUUCGAAAGAUGGAGAAAGUGAUUGUGGCCAUGCAGGACCCUGACAUGGGCAUGAAGAUGAGAAAUCAGAGGCUCCUUAUCACUGUCAUUCCACACGCCAUGACAGGCCGUGAUGUGAUUGACUGGUUGAUCCAGAAAUACAAUAUCUGUGAGGAGGAGGCUCUGCACGUCGGUGGCAUGCUGGUGAGAUACGGGUAUAUUUACCCCCUCAAGGAGCCGAGAUCUCUUGUGUUACGAGCUGAUGAGACGCCCUACCGCUUCCAGACUCCUUAUUUCUGGACUAGUACUCGAUGGCCUGCCUCAGAACUGGACUAUGCAAUCUAUUUAGCUAAAAAGAACAUAAGAAAACAAGGAGAACUGAUGGAAUAUGAAAAGGAGAGGUACAGUCUGUUGCACAAGAGGAUCAACCACACCUGGGACUUUGUGGUGAUGCAAGCAAGAGAGCAACUCAGAGCUUCCAAACAGAGGAGGAAGGCAGACCGCAUUGUUCUAGAAUGUCAGGAGCAGGCGUACUGGCUCAUCAACAGACCUCCGCCUGGGGCACAUAAUGUAUUGGACAUGGGUCUAGAGAAACCAAAUAACUUCAGCUUACGAGUUACACUGAACAGUGACUACUACAAAAGAGAGAUCGAAUCCUGUAGACGGGCCCUCGGAAGAAACCGUGUGAAGUCAUCCAUCUGCCUAGAAGGUUUUGUGAAAUUCAGCGAGCAGUACCAGAACCACGAUCCCAUUAUGCAGGGCUGCCUUCCCAGCAACCCCUGGAUCUCUGAUGACACGGCACACUGGACGAUGAACUCAGAAAUAGUGCCCGUCCCGACACGUCUUCGAGUGGAGCGUUGGAGCUUCAGCUUCAUGGAGCUUCUGAAUGACCCCAUAGGGAGGCGGGAAUUCAUGACCUACCUGGAGAAAGAGUUUAGUGCGGAGAACCUGUGUUUCUGGCAGGCCUGUGAGGAUAUUAGACAUGGAGAAAGUUCCAAGAUCAUACAGAAAGUGGAAGAUGUCUACAAAAAUUUCCUGGCUCCUGGAGCUGCCCGCUGGGUCAACAUCGACAGUAAGACGAUGGAUAAAACUCUAGAGGGGAUCAAACACCCACAUCGUUUUGUCAUGGAUGACGCACAAUUGCACAUCUACUUCCUCAUGAAAAAGGACUCCUACCCGAGAUAUCUUAAGUCUGACCUGUACAAGAACAUGCUGGCCAAAGCUAUCGUCCCCCAGGAGACCAAAAAGAGCGUGUUCCCCUUCAUGAGACGCCAGCGCCACUCCAGCCCCUCCCCCGCUCAGGCUGUCACCCAGGUGACAGAGGAAGACGGGCGUGCCAUGGGGGCCGGGAAAGCAGGUACCAACUCUGCAGCCGGCUCCCACGUCUGAUGCCCAAAAAACGUGUCAGACUCAAGUUACCUCCGUCUCCAUUGUCUCUGUUGGUCACCAUAGUAACCAUCCAAGGAGUUCUCUCUGUUUAUAGUUUCAUCUCUGACUGAGUCAAAGCCAGAGCUCACUUUUUCACUGUUGCAGCAUUGCCAGGGCUAGGAUUUCAACAUAGAGCUUCCUCUCAGAGCACAGGUGUUAAUGCAUACCUCAGCAGCAUCACAUCUUAUUCCCAGAGCACGAGCAGCGGACGGCAGAGAAAAGAGCUUUUAGUGCUACUGUUACAGCCUUUACUGCAUAUUCAUCCUGCAUCUACAUCCCAUCACAGUCCAGGAAGUCUGUCCUGUUGUUUUUGAUAUUGACGCCUAAUACCAAGUCUUCCUCUUUCCCUCAGUAGCUUUGAUAUCGAAUCCACUCUCACGAGCUUUAGGUAAUCAGGGUUGUUUAUAGAGAAUAGAGAUGUAAAGUAUGGAUUUAGUCAGAAAUUUGCCUCAGCAUGUCUGUGAUUGUCAAACAGUUUACUUGUUUUCCUCAUUCCAUGCUGGAGCUUCACAUUGUGAUUGUUGUCGCUGUUGAUUUUGCUUGAGCAUGUUUUCAUCCCAAUAAAAUGUCACUGCAGCA